AUGAUGCCUAUGGUGUACACAGUGUAUGGUUUUGCUAUAUUUUUUAUAAUUGCGUGGAUUUGUUUGUGGCUAAUACACAUAAUGGCUCUGUCAUAUUCUAAGUGGAAGUUGCAUAGGACAGUGGACCGGUCGCCACCGGAACAACCAUAUCUUGGUGUUUCUAUCAUAAAGCCUCUCACGGGUGUCGAUCCUAACUUAUUUUCGAACUUGGAGACGUUUUUUACGUUAGACUACCCGGUCUACGAGUUGCUGUUCUGUGUAGAAAACGAGCACGAUCCGGCAGUGAUGCUCGUCAACAGCUUAAUACAAAAGUUUCCUCAAGUGGAUGCUAGAUUAUUCGUAGGCGGACUGUGCGUUGGUGUUAAUCCUAAAAUAAAUAAUAUGCAGCCGGCAUACUUGGCGGCAAAGUAUCCUUUAUUACUAGUGAGUGAUUCUGGUAUUCGCAUGCGAGAAGAUACGUUACUGGAUAUGGUGCAGCAUAUGAAGGAGGAUGUCGCGAUCGUACAUCAAAUGCCUUUUGUGUGUGACGCUGACGGCUUCGCGGCUGUUUACGAGAAAGUGUACUUCGGUACGACGCAGGCGCGUAUGUAUCUUGGCGCCGACUUUCUCGGCAUCAAUUGUCACGUCGGUAUGUCGUCGCUGAUACGACGAUGCGCGCUGGAGGAGGUCGGCGGUCUGGCGGCGUUCGGCGAAUACCUGGCAGAGGACUAUUUUAUGGCGAAGGCCGUCGUGUCUAGAGGUUGGCGUAUGCGAGUAGCAUCGCAACCAGCGUUGCAGAAUUCCGGCGCGAAAUCAGUGGGAGCGCUUCAAGCUCGCCUAAAACGGUGGGCGCGACUCCGCAUAGCGAUGGUGCCGACGACGGCUCUACUGGAGCCCCUGAGCGAGUGCCUGCCCCUGGGCGCGGGCGCUGCGUGGGCGGCCGGCGAGCUGUUCGGCGCGGAGCCUCUCCCUUUCUUCCUAGUGCACGUGCUAGUGUGGUUCUUAUCAGACUGGUUAAUGUUGCGGUCUGUACAGAAUGGCUCGCCUGCCAUUACAAAAGUGGAGUUUUUGCUCGGGUGGACGUGGAGCGAGUGUUGCGCACCUGUGGUGCUGGUCGCGGCGCUACUCAACCCCGAGAUCUCGUGGCGGACUCGCAGCUAUCGGCUGGACUGGGGCGGCCGAGCCCACGAGCUCAAACCCAAACUUAAGUUCUGAGCCUCAACCCCUCCCUUAUCAAAAGCUUUAAUUUGGUGUAUGUAGAUUGUGUUACGUUAUAUAUAAUGAAUGAAUACGUUUUCAGUUUCGCUGAAUUUGAAUGAAAGUUUAUAAUUAUUAUAUUAGUAUUAAGUUUUGAUUUUAAUUAAUAUUUAUAAUUUUGGAAUGAGCGGUGGAUACUUGUUAUUCUUGUUUUAGAGUUUUGUAUCUUUAUAGAUUAAAAGAAUUGUCGGCUGUUGUUUAAUUA